AAGAGCGCUGACAUUCAAUAAAAAUGUUUAUAGAAGCCUUCUGGCUUGGCUGCAGCUACACGCUCAGGGCGUUGCGGCAGGGGCUCUUCCUCCGGUUCCUCUGGUUGCUGGAGCUUUUCCUCGGCAUCUUCGUGGGGCGACUCGUCGGCGUCAUUUUCUCGAGUCUGCCCGUCGGCGUUCGUCGCAGCGGGUGGACACUUAUAUGUAAGAACUUGGACCUCAGUGUAGUUCCACCAAACGCUACAUAAACUAGAUGGCGCAAAUGUCAACACGAACACAGAGGUUAGACGAAUGCGUGCGUGAGUAACCCGAUUCAGUUUUUGACAUUGACAAGAAAGAGUGAAAAGAAAGCUAGCAAUUUCUCAAGAUUUUAUUUUAAAAAGUAUAACGGAAACAGUCUAUCCAACUAGCCAUGAGACAAGCAUGCAUUGUACCAGGUUGUAAGUCAAAUUCACGCACUCCAGCUCACCAAUUUCCAAAGAAUAUUGGUCGACGUUUGUCAUGGCUAAAAAAUUUAAAAAUGGAAAAGCUAGAACACGUUGUAAGUCUUGCAGAAUGCAAACUACGUGUUUGUCACAAACAUUUCUCGGAAAAGGAUUACAUUUUUUCCAUUCAUAGACGAAAAUUAAAAGAUGAUGCUGUACCAUAUCUCAACAUACCAAGUAGAAUCAUAUGUAUAGCAACAAGUAAUGAUAUCGAUUCUCAGCAAGUUACAACAUCUACCUCAAACUUAGAAUGUUACCUAGACGUUGUUGCAUUGGAACCACUGCAGUCAGGACAUGAAGAACAAGAUGUUAGACAUGCAACCUACAUACAAGAGGUAUGUUGAAACGCAUCCUUUACUGUAAUUUCUACAGUUUCAAAUUUUGAUUUACUAUGCGAACUUACACCAAUAUAUAAAAUUGCAAAAUUAUUACAGCUUGACAACGGGGGAAAACAUGAAGCAUCAGUGUUUGGGAAUGCGCUAAGUUAAUUUAAUUUUAAUCGGGAAUGGAGGGGUGGAAGGGAAUUGACUGUUAACCCAACGUUGAGAAUCACGUAAACUUUAUUGCACUUAACAGCUGAGUUUGAGGGCGGAGCGGUGACGAAAAUGAAACGGAACGGUCGGAAAUCUUGACGCUUGAUCGUUACAGCUGCGCGCGAACCGCGAAGGAAAUCUUCUGGAACUCGCUGUGAGUUCCUAACACGACGGAAAUCUUGUCGCGACGGAGAUAUCGUGAACUCGCAGCGACCAAGCUCCGCUCGCGAACGCGCGAUCCACCGUUCCCUCGAUAUCUCGUCUGGCUGAGCCUUCGGUCGACGGAGAAGGUCGGAUCACGUGGCUGGUACGUGCUGAACACACGGCCGAAAAGAGUCGCGACGUCGACAAUAAUUCGCGAGACUGCCCGAGAAUCUCGUUGGCGCGAUCCGGUACAAUACUUGCCGUUGAUCGGCGGAAAGGAGGCUCUGUCGAAGCUCCACGAAGUUUCUCUUCAACGUGAAGUACGAAUCUCACUCACUCGAAGGUAUGCGUCGUCACCAAAGGUCGGAUUCAGACUUGAGAAUGAAGG